AUGCCAUCAACAAUCGCAGAAGUCGCCAUAGUCGGCGAUGCUCAAAGCUCUCUUGACAAGGCAGUCUCGACGACUGCCGUCAGAGAGCUUCCCGUCGUCUCACAAUCCCAAGCUCUGUCUGCUCCUAUCAUCGCGCAGUCAGACCUGACCCCUCCUCUCCUUCCCGUCGAGCAGAUUGGCCCCAAGGGAUGGAUUCGCGCUAUUUAUCACUUUGAGCUGCCCGACAAUUAUGAUGUCGACCACCUUACCAGGCUGCUCAAGACCGCCUACAAUGCGAUGAAGGCGCGCACCCCCAUCGCAGGCUGCGAAGUCGCUCCUUUGGAGGGUAAGCAGGGCGGCCUUCUGCAACUUCGUCAAUACGGCGAUGAGAUUGAGGACUUCCUCGCGAAGGACCUCCGCGCUGACGAGACAUUCCCCUCCUUCUCCGAGCUCAAGGCCCGUGGAUUCCCAGCCUCUGCCCUUGACCCUGCCGUCGUCUGCCGGCGCGGUCUCGGUGGCGAGUGGCCCAAGGCGGGGGACCGUCUCAAUGUCACUUGGAUGCAGGCGAACUUCAUCAAGGGCGGUCUGCUUCUCAACAUGCUAUUCCUUCACGCUUAUGCCGACGGCACAACGGCGUACAAGUUCACUGAGCUCCUCGCGGAAGAACUUCGCCGCACCCAAGGUCUGCCCAUCGAAAACCCCGCUGAGGUUCCGUUUGAGGACAGAGCGAAGAUGAUGAAGUCCACAGGCUUCAAUGCUGGCCGCCCCGAGGACCACCCCGAGUAUGUUGAGCUCCCCUUCUCGCCGCCUGGCCCGCCGCCGAAGCUGGCCUCUCCCAUUCACCAUGGCCACGUCUUCUACUUCUCUCCAGAGAGCCUUGCUGCCCUGAAAGAAGAGGCCUCGCCCGCAAACACAAAGCUUUUCAAGGGAAGGGAGGGUAUACCUUCUUUCGUCUCCACCAACGACGCACUUACUGCUCUCAUCUGGCGCGCAACCAUGUCCGCCCAGCACGGGUCGAAGCUCCGUGCCGCCGAAGGAAACCCGGAACCCUCCCCCUCUGUGAUGGGUGUUUCCCUCGACGCUCGCCGUCGGGCCGGCGUUCCCGUUCACAAGCACACAAUCGGAAACAUUCUUGGUUUCGCCGCUGCGGUGCUGGACAUUCGCGAGGUUGUCUCUGAAGGCUCGCUUGCUGAUCUGGCUGUUUGCGUGAGACGCGCCAUCGCUAAGACGGAGGGCACCUACCUCGAUGACUUGACGGCGUUGGUCGAGAGACUUGAGGAUGUCUCACGGUUGGCGCCCACCAUGUUCCUUGACAUGCCGGGCAACCACAUGUUGCAGUCUUCAUGGCGCGAGUUCCCCUAUUACGAUAUCGAAUGGGGUACGGCGCUUGGUGGGCGGAUGUUGGCACUCCGGCCCCCGUCUGUGGGUGUGUGCCACACGAUGCAGAUUGUCCUGCCGGACCCUCAGAGAGGCGGUAUUGAAGUGUUUGUUGGUGUUGAGAAUGACGCCAUGGAGGCUCUUUUGAGUGAUCCGUUGUGGAGGAAGUAUGCUCAGGCACCCGAAGGCCUUUGA